AUGCCUGUGCCGCUUUUGGUCGCUAUCAGUCGAGGUAGUUCCGCCGGAGCCCUGCGAGGGAUCGCCGAAGUCGACGCGUCAGGAGCUUUCACGGGCGCUAGCUUGCCGCCAACGCCGCGUAUCUUCUUCGGUUUCGUCUCUGCUAAGCGCCAGACGGCUGUUUCGGUCGGUAUUCUAGGAGGAAGCGGCUUUCGCAAGCCAGCUAGCGGCUUUGCUGCCAGGGAUCGUGACGUGCCCUGGCGCUUGUAG